AUGAAUCGAAUGCAAGCUCGAUGGAUUACCUUUUUGCAGAAAUUCACUUUUGUUAUAAAACAUAAAGUUAGCACUGAAGUCGUUGGGUUCGAUUGUUUAAAGGAAUUGUAUGGAACCGAUAAGGAUUUUGGCGAUAUAUGGGCUCAUUGCAAUAAUAGGGAAUUUAUACCCGAUUACCUUCUUCAAGAAGGAUUCUUGUUUAAGGGAAUGCAAUUAUGCAUUCCUCGUUCUUCUUUGUGUGAGCACUUGAUUCGAGAACUACAUGCAGGCGAUUUAAGCGGACAUAAAGCUAAGGGACAAGCUCAAAAUACUGGCCUUUAUACCCCUUUGCCUGUUCCAGAUACAAUAUG